CCUAUUUCCAAAGCUAGCUUCAACAUUAAUUUUAAUAACAGCCGUCUAGCUCUAGCUCUCAAGAUGCUUCUUUACAGUAGAGUCGCUCUUCUCUUCAGUCUGGUUGUAUUGCUGCAGGGGCAGACUCCAGACCCUUGCUCGUUAUGCAUCUGUAACCGCCGAGACUCAGAUAAUGGUCUCAUUGUCGACUGUAAUGGCAGAGUAAAUGGUUUGACCGUUUCCAUUGGAGAAGUGAUGAACGGAUUCCGUACCACCAACAUGGCAGGCUCCAUCUUGGAACUAACUUUCCUGGGAGCCAGUGAAACAGUGCUGGUAGCCAACGUCUUUCAAGGACUGUCUGCGCUGAGGAUACUGACCAUUCAGUUCUCUAGGUUGACCGAGAUACAGCCAGGGGCAUUCAAUUCAUUAGCUCAACUAACAACACUUCAACUAGAGGAAAAUCAACUCGAGUGGUUGUCAGGAGAUUCGUUCCAAGGCCUCGGUACAGCUCUGCAGAACAUAAUGUUGGACGACAAUGUGUUGAAGAGCUUGCGUAGUGACUUGGAGCCUUUGUUUGCCUCUGUAGGCAGCGUCAUCUCACUGUCUGGCAACACUCAACUUGUGUGCGAUUGUCACUUGCAAUGGCUCCCUGCUUUCAUAGCCUCUCACUCCAGCCAACCCAGAGUGGCACUGGAUGGUGUGCUCUGCGCCUUCCCUUCCAACACACUCAUCACUGAUGCCAACUACACAGCCACAGCCUGUGAGGACAUUUGUGCCCUGGGGUACCACAGCUGCUCAGAACAGGCCACUUGCAGUGUGGCUGGCAACUCCACAGUGUGUACCUGCACUCGUGGCUACAGUGGAGAUGGUCUAGUGUGCUUGGAACCACCACCUGUACCUUGUGACCCUCUCCUCUGCAGUGAUAAUGCCACCUGUGUUAAUGAACCAACUCCCCAAUGUGUGUGUCUCCCUGGCUACACUGGCAGUGGCUACUCUUGUGUACCUAUGGAACAAUGUCAGAGUGCAUGCAACGAGACUGCAGGCCUCUACUGUAUACUGGCGAGUGGGAGGAUAGACUGCGGCUCUAAGGCUGUACAAGACAUACAGCAAAUGUUGUUGCUUGUAUCAAUGGAUCCCACGCUGGAUCCUGGUCUAGUCGUCCUCUCAUUGUCCUUACUUACCGUUGCUAGGAACGUCAGCGUGCCCGGUGACCUGCCUGCCAUCAUUGACCUCCUCACUCAAUCAGUAGAUGUAUUCUUGAGAGGCGGUAACUAUGACAACACAACCUUCUCCAAUCUGAUAGAGGUGGGCAGUGAGCUACUCCACUUGAGGAACCAGCCACUCUGGAGUGAGGCUAACACUAUCUCCGUGUCUGAUCAUUUGACUGACCUCUUCCUCUCUAUUGAGAAGCUUGGUGAGGGCUUGUUCCUGAGCAGUGGAGGGGCCAAUCGCCUCGUGGCUAGUGACAAUAUAGCUCUUAUCGUGGCCACUCCUGAUUGCGGGAGAGAGGCUAAUAUCACCAUCUCUUCAUCUCUGCUGGAGGCGCCUGUAGAAGGAGGGGACAGCUCGUUACAACUACCCCCCACAGUGUUUGGGGCCCAGUACGAGUGCACGGAGGUGGGCGUGAUUGCAGUCAUCUACAACGGAGUGGGGCCUCUACUCAAUAUUGACAAUGACCUCCUCCCUCUCUGCACGCCCACGCUCCCACCACUAGUACAUGGACAAUGCCAAUGGUCCCGGGAAGUGUCCGUAUGUCCUGACCUCAGAGUCAACAGUCUGGUCAUAUCAGCGGAGGUGGUCAGACGGACCAAUCAGAGUGUAGCUUUACUCAACACCACCAGUCUACCUGACCCCAUCAUCAUCACACUAUACCACGAGAAUGUCACUCUGGAAAAUCCAACAUGCUCCUUCCUGACUGAUGAGCAAGCCAUGGCAGAUGGUAGUUGGAUGAGUGAUGGCUGCUCUCUUGUAUCCACUGCCUCUAGUAGCAAUGUGACAGUGUGCCAGUGUUAUCACUUGACCAGCUUUGCCCUCCUCAUGAGCCCCACUGGAGAGAGUCAUGCAAGUCCAGCACUGCAGAUAGUGUCCAAGGUGGGACUCUGCAUUUCCAUCAUCUGUCUAAUCAUCACUAUUGGACUGCUAUUUGGGCUAAAACUGGACACUAAAUUGCAUCACGUCCAUCGCCAGCUAGCCCUAGCAUUGUGCCUAGCUCAGCUGGUGUUCCUCGUGGGUGUGGACCGACGUCUUGUACCCUCCCCAGACGUACUCUGUACACUUAUAGCCGCUCUACUACAUUACCUCUUCCUGGCCACCUUUGCCUGGCAACUGGUGGAGGGGGUUCAUCUGUAUCUCUUUGUCGUAAAGGUCUUCUUCAACAAGAAGAUCAUCUGGCUCUACUACCCCUUCGCUUGGGGGGCACCCUUAAUAGUGGUCGGCAUUACUCUAGGGGUCAGAUUCUGUGAUUACGGAUCAGAAAACUUUUGUUGGAUAACGAAUGAUAAUGGAGCUAACUGGGCAUUCCAUGGACCUGUCAUCGCCGUCCUACUGAUCAACAUAGUCAUCAUGAUAGUGGUGACAGCCAUCAUUGUUCGCUCUUCAAGGAAAGGCUCUCAAGACAAAAUCCUUAUAUGCACCCUCCUCCACGCUUCGUUUGUCCUGGUCCCCAUCUUGGGCAUCACUUGGGCACUGGGGUUCUUUGUGGUAGGGGAUACCACCAUUGCUCUCAUUAUUGAGUGGAUCUUCUGCAUCUUCACAACACUCCAGGGAGUUAUGAUCUUCAUCAUGCACUGUCUCCUCAAUAGAGACGUCCGUAAGGCUUUCCUGAAGCGGCUAGGCUAUCACGAGGCAGCACACAAGCAACAGAGUCUCACCAUCAGAAGGUCCAGCACUGUGAACGCUGUCAACAAUAUGAAUGCUGCCUUCAAGAGGAAGCUUAGUUUCACCGGUCUCAGGAGGAGCUCCACGGGAGACAUUACUGCCUUCAAUCUUGACACACACACGUCUCAAGGUGCUUUCACGGUGGCACGUCCGCACAGUGCUAAAGCUCGACCGAGUGCCACCAAUCCUCUAGUCAUGAUCAAGGAGGAGGACGACAGUCUGCCCAACAGUCUCAGCUCCUCCCCCUAUCUACACAGGGACACACCCCCUUUGACAGAAAAGGACCCACCCCCUUUGACCGAAAGUGACACACCCCCUUUGACAGGAGAGGACACACCUCCUCAACACUCGCGAACUGGCAAUGGCAUUAACCUGCUGUAACUAUACAUUUCACUCCAUUUGUCAUUUGUAUCAUAUCCACUUAUUAUGUUGUCAUGCACGUCAUAAUUAACUGUACGUGUUCUUAAAUAAAUAUUGUUUUAGUGAAUUUAUUGAACUUGAAA